GUGAGUAAGUUGCGUGCACUGUGAGCAGAUAUGUUCUCACUUCGGCCACUUCCCCGAUUCGCACAUCCCACAACAACCAGAAUGAAUAAUUUAUUGACUUUUAGCCUGUGGCCCCAAGCCAAAUAAUAAUCUAACCUAUUUGUAUUCAAACAUGAGAUGUUUAACUUUGUCUCCUGGUUCAAUUCCUUGUAUUACAUCAUCUGAUUACAAUCCACUUAUUCAUACAUUGUAUUUAUAAGGCACAAAAAAUUCUCCAACUUUGAAUGUCAUCAUUAUGUGACCUACUGUGGAGUUAAUCAAUACCUUAAUCAGUGUCAAUACAAAUAUAAAACUGCACACAAACAAAUGUAAGCCAAUAGUUACUGAACAUGGAAAGAGAAGUCGAAUUCAACAGAGACAAUCAUAAUGGAGAAUCAAACGAAAUUUCUAAGAUACAGAAGCCAAAGAUUAAAGUUACUACUUUUCUUUUACCAAACAAAAUUCCAAAUAAGGUGGGAGUCUCGAAUAGUCCAAUACAUAGGACUCAAAGUGCUAAAGAAACUAGCUCGAGGGAUAAUAGCCCUUUCAGGACUAACAGACAACAGAAUAUAUCGAAGAGGCCCUUGAGUCUGCACAGAUCUCAUAGAAUUCCAAGAAAUAACGAUGAGUUGACUGCUAGACGACAGAUUGCUUUAACUCGAUGCAGCAGUCAAUCUGAAAAUAACAUAUGUACAGAAUCUUUGAGGUCUCCAGAUGAAGACGAUAUCGAAGAAGAAAUCAUUGAGAAGAGUAUAUCACAUGAGAGUAUACUAAGGGAGGCACAUGCCUUUCAGCUUAUUCCUACGAUAAAAGUGAGGCAGAGAAAUUACCUUCAAGGUAAAGUAGGUGCAAAUUCUCUACUUGGGACCAAUGAAUUGUAUAGAAUGUGCCCCAAUAGGGAGGUCACAAUAUUUGUUGGUACAUGGAAUAUGAAUGGACAAUCACCUCCGAAGGAAUUAAAUGAUUUCUUGUUGCCAAUCGAUAUGGAACAUGUUCCAGACAUACUUGUCGUAGGAACCCAAGAAUCGUGUUCUGAAAAAUUUGAAUGGGAAGUCACAUUACAGGAAACUUUGGGUCCAACUCAUAUACUAUAUCAUUCGAAUUCUUUAGGCACACUUCAUGUUUGUGUUUUUCUACGUAGAGAUCUUAUUUGGUAUAUAUCGAUGCCAGAAGAUGCUAGUCUUUCAGUCAGACCUGGUACUGCUUUUAGAACGAAAGGAGCAGUUGCCACUGGUUUCAUGCUUUUUGGAACUUCCUUCUUAUUCGUUAUAGCACAUUUGACAGCUCAUCAAGAGAAGGUUAAGGAAAGAGUAUCGGAUGUAAGAAAGAUAGUCAAUUCGCUGGAUUUGCCCAAAAAUCUUCCUUGUAAGAAUAAAAGCAGAGAUGUGACACAAAAUUUCGAUUAUGUAUUUUGGUGUGGAGAUUUAAAUUUUCGUUUAGCAACUCCACGAAGUAAUAUAUUGGAUUGGUUGGAUAAAACCAGUUUUCCUUUACCACCCCACAUGCCUCACGGUUAUAUGCAUCACGAUCAGUUAUGCUCAGUCCUCUCAGAGGGCGCUGCUUUCAGAGGAUUUUCAGAAGCAAAAAUAACAUUUCCACCAACAUACAAGUAUGACCCGGGUACCCAAAAUUUUGACACAUCAUCUAAACAAAGGGCUCCCGCUUACACUGAUAGAAUAUUGUACAAACAAAAAGUAUCACGUCGCUUGAGUAGUGUUGCUCAACUUCCGCCAUUACAGUGUUUGGCUUAUAAUUCAGUUCCAUCAAUAACAACCUCGGACCACAAACCUGUUUGGGGCCUCUUCAAAGCAUACAUCAGACCAGGUUUAGACACAAUUCCAUUAGCAGCUGGUCUGUUCAACAGGGAAGUGUAUCUUGAAGGGCUUGCAAGACGUGCCACUUUCUUGAAGGAACAUAAAGGUGCUUCCGCAGUGUGUUCCGUACAAUAGUAUAGUUAAUUUAAUUUCGCCCCACGAGAACUAAAUGAAUAUCAAUGUUUAUCAUUGAAAUAUCUUCAUGAAAUGUAACUUAGUAGUCCACAAGUACAAGGUUGCAGUAAGUAAGAAUCGAUAGUUUUAAGAAAAAAAAAGUUCAGUGUCAGGCUCAAACUAGGUCCCUUUACAACCAGAGAUGAGCUAUGCAGUAUUUUUUAUCGUUACGAAAGUCAUGUCUAAUCAUGCAGUUUUUUUCUCAAUCGGUAUUCGUUUUGAGUUUUUUUUAGUCAAUAUCAUUCUAGUCAUUUAUUUAACCAAAGGUUUUUAAUUCUUUUAUGCUCCAAUUCUCUGGGAGAUAUGUAUCUGCACAUGCCGCUUAGCGAAUACAGUUCAUAGGCCAAAAAAAUUAAAAUGACUAAAUAAAAAAUAAUCUAUUUUCUAAACUUUUGACGUCAUGUUCUCUGAAAUGCCUUUAAAUUCGAUACAACCGUUGGACCAAUGAAUUCUUUCAGAUCGUAGGUAUUAGGAUUGUAGUCACAAAUAUUCUAUUGAAUGUUGAUUGUUUUAUGUUAAUAUUGUAACAAAUACUGUUAUGUAAAGGUGUUAUAUAACUUCCCAGUGUCAUUCUAGUCAUUUGUUUCAAAUUCGAUUAUUUUUGUCUUGUUAGCAGUGUCGUCUAUUUUUCUGGAAAUUAAUUUAUUAAAUUAAUUGUUAUUUUGGUGUCUGGAAAAAUGAAUUAUUUAGUAGUGACUCUAUAACUUUCUAUUCCAUGAAGAAAUCUAAUUUUAUAUUUAUCCCCUCUCCUUUAAUAGUACCUACUCUCACAACAGCCUUCCAAUUUAGCAAUAAGUGAUAAAUGUUAAGUCCAGAAAACAAUAUAUAUUUGUUAGAUGUGA